GUGGAACAAGCACCAUCGCGCACACGCACGUGCACUGUAGAGGUGGGAGUGGAUGCUGGUGUAGCUGCUGGAAGCCGGGAUGGGAUAAUCAUGCGUGUCUGGCUCCGGGCGUUGAUGCAGCUGCUGGAUCCGGACUGGACUCGGGGCGCAGGGUGGGUCUAGUCCCCGACUGGAGCGAUCUGGACCUCAUGUCGAUGGUAUCAAGCAUUCCCACAACGACGAGGGCGAUGGCCGUGAUAGGAGUCGGUGCAUCUCUUUGAGACGUCCAGGCAAGAGAAAUCGACCGUUUUUCGCGGAUGGAGGGCAGGAUUGGCCGGCAUUAAAACGCAGCCCCUGGGUUUUGGAAUAACUUGGAGAAAGCGAAGAGAGGAUACCGAGGCAUCCCUUAAGGCACAUUGCGGGAGCCUAUCACUUUUUUCUUUAUGUUCUUCUUCAAGUGGGAUAGAGAUAGACACGCACCUGGAAGAACAGCUCACUUUUGCAUCAGUAAUUAGAAGCGGACUGCCUCCUCGAAGCCGCGUCCGACCGAACGACCGACCGUGGUGGUGGUUGGGUUGGGUGGAGGAGGAGGGGGCUCCUUGGAUGGAGAGGGCGCAGUGAAGGGCUGCGAGAGCGACUUGUCGGGUGUAGGACGAAACCGGGGUGGGGGGGGGGGGAGGUGGGGGGAAGAGACCGGGCGGUUUGAAGGCACGGGGAGCCAGGAGAGGCGCGGCGGCUCCAUGAGCGGCUCGUGUCGGGAGAGAGCGCCCAGAGCCCAGCCGGAGCGUCUCCACCGCCGCGGGUAGAACCCCGCGCCACAGGAACGGCGGCCAGUUCGGAAGUUUUGAUGCAUAUGAUCACAACCACCAUGAUUUUUAUGAUUCUCGGUGCUUCAGUUGUAAUGGCGAUAGCCUGUUUAAUGGACAUGAACGCACUACUGGAUCGCUUUCACAACUACAUCUUACCGCAUCUACGAGGGGAGGAUCGCGUCUGUCACUGCAACUGUGGGAGGCAUCACGUCCACUAUGUAAUCCCAUACGACGGGGACCAUUCCUUGGUGGACUCGUCAGAGAACUACUUUGUGAGUGACAGUGUGACAAAGCAGGAGAUGGACUUGAUGCUGGGGCUGCUGCUGGGCUUCUGCAUCAGCUGGCUGCUGCUGUGGCUAGACGGAGUCCUACACUGCGCCGUCAGGGCCUGGAGGGCGAGCCGCUACUACGAUACCCCGUCCUGGUCUUGGCUGCCCCAGUUCUGCAACCUCCGAGACCUCCGUCGCCGAGCCCAGCUCAGACAGCUGGAAGACUCCAGCGGCAACAUGGUCCACAUCAAGCAGAAGCUGUACCACAACGGCCACCCUAGUCCCCGCCACCUCUGACUCUAAAAGGCAGAUAUGAUACAAAAAAUAACCCAGACCCCCUGCCCCGGUACCCCUCCUCUCCUCUCCAAAACCUCUCACCCCUUCCCAAAACUGCCCCUUGGCCAACUGUUGCCUCAAAGACCCUGGAAAACUGCCCUCCCACUGUUGAUGGCCUCCUAAAACCCCCAUGACGGGACUUUCGUAGGACUCAACCCGGCCCCCCCGUCAGCACUAAAAGAUACAAAAAUAAAAAGAUGAAUCCCAAAAUGGAGCAAGACAACGAUUAUUUGCUGCCACUGAAAUCUUGUUUUAUGUCCAUGUCCACCAGUGGGAGGAGGAAGAAAAAAAAGUACAUUUUUAAAGGUGUUUUUUCUGUAUAGAGACAUUUUCUGUGUUCAUUGUUAAACUUGGCAUGCUCUUUUAGAACAGGGUAAGAUGUGGGCAGUGUAUGGAACGGAGCAGCAAGACGGGUGUCAUGAUAUAUAUUUUUUUUCACUAUCGGGUGGGAGUGGGACUUUGUUGUGGUGGGAAGGGACGAAUGAGACUGCUGGGUGGGUGGGUUUUUGUGAUGGUUAGAUUGCUGCUUCUGUAAAUAGUUAUACAUACAGGCCAAAUGGAUUUAAGUCUUUAGAAAGGGGGUGGGUAGGGGGAUUUUCGUGCAAGUCGUUUGUCCACAGAGAAGCAGACGGUGGACUGUGUGGUCAGAGAUUAGAAGAAUGGAACGAAAAAAGACGAGUCUGUUUGAAAACUGGAUGUGAAACCAUGUGAUUUCUGCUAAAAACACAGAUUAAUUAGCUUUGUUACUUAGUGAAUUAACUGAAUGUAUUAAUUUUUUCCCCUGUAAAUAUGUGAGGGGGAGGGGAACAUGUACGGUUGUGGUCGGGGUUCUCUUUGCUAUGUCGUCAUUCUUUAGUUCACACAGGAGAAUUAAAUGCCAGCCAAGAUGAGCCCCCCCAACCACAUAUAUACACACACACACAGACACACACACAGCCCUCCAUCUUCCCCACACUGAGCUCAACAGCACAGUUCAAUUUUCUUUAUCCAAUUCCCUUUCACUUAUCAGGAGCCACCAGCCUAUCAGCAGAGGGAACCCUCACCCGGCUCCCCGCCCCUCCUCGUCCUCUCUGUCCAGACAUUGCUGUUGUGAGGAUGAAAUGUCUGUUUUAUUAAAAGUGCCAUUGAAGCACAACAGUGA